ACAUAAACACUAUAUCAAUGAAGACAUUAAACAUAUUAACGAAACGGUAUUUAAGUGUUGUCUCAAAUUCGUUGCAACCAUUCCUGAAGUCCCGUAAAUGGCGGCCAAACAAAUCGUUUUGGUAUUUCCACGAUUCGGAUCACUUUCAGGAGUCGACGUUCCGCAAUAACAACGAAAUGUCUCCAUCCAGUAGUGAUGACUAUAAUAGUGAUAGUAGUAGUAGUAAUGAUCGACAGUUGUUUAUGAAACAACUGUCCGAUUGUAUCGUUAAGAAGAAUAAGUCAAACAACAACAACAGCAACAACUUUGAUGUUAUCUUAAGACAACAUGAGUUUCCACUAAAGACUAAACUCUAUAUAUUGGACACAAUGAUAAUUAUCUAUGGAAGUGAUCACACAAAUACUGUCCACUAUUUUGAUAGUCUUCAGCCGCAAAUCACAUUUGAAUUGCAAAGACAAAACAUUUUCGUUUUGAGUCAAUUACUAUAUUUAUGUUCAAUAAUCAACACUCAAAACAAAGACGAUUUCAAUUUUCUAUUGUCGAAGAUUAUCGAUAAACUCGAAAACUAUUUUCUGUACGAAUGGUCACCCGAUGAUCAACCGUUGACUGCAACCGAUAUUGCUGUCAUGUGUUUAUCAUUAUUUCGGUUGAAAGUGAUGUUCAAAAAUAGUGCCGUUUUAUCGUUGUUUGCCGACAUUGUUGGCAAAGAUAUUCGUGAAAAUCAAUUGAGUAAAUCUCAUGUCCUGUCGAUUGUUAAAUAUAUGCGUUUAAAUAGAUUUGAUGACUCGAAUCUGAUCCAAACUAUUAGACAAUAUAUUACAAAUAAUUGGAAACAAUUUUCAUUUACAGAGUGCGCCAAUUAUUUGGCAUUUUUUGCCAGCUUAUCGAUAUAUGAUAGAGAAAUGUAUCAAUUGAUUGCCGAUGAAAGAGCUGUUCAACUGUUGAAGAUUACUACGACUACCGCUGACACCAAAAACAAAGAGAUCCGUAGCAAAGAUUUGUCGAGAUUUUUAUGGUCAGUCUCGUGGGUUAAUCAUCGACUAAAUGAUCAGUUGGUUGAGUAUAUACUCAAACAUAUGGAAAACUUGAUUUCAGCAGAUUUUCAAACAUAUCCACAUUAUCUCAUCGAUAGUCUUAAAUCGUUAAUUAUUCUAAACAUAUAUCCCGAAAAUAUUUUGCGUCAAACACUUGAUUCAAAACUAUGGUUAAGACAGUACUCUGCAUCGGAAAGGCAUAAAGUGGCCAAAGAUUUAUAUUUUAUUUUAGAGUCGAUAGCCAUUGAAAAGCCAGAGUUGAAGUUUGAAAGACGAAAUCAAUUGCUAUUAAUUGCUAAAGAGAUCAAGCAUUACAUUAGCCAAGAGCUGAAAAUUAGACCAAAACUUGAAGAAUAUUAUCAUUGGCUCAAAGAUAAUAAAAAUAAUAAUAAUGACAAAUAUGAUCCACAAUUGUCUUAUCAAUUGAGUCAUAUCGGUAUCGCAUCGAUCCUAUUGAAUGACAUUUCAUUGGAAAUCAUUGACCAGUCGGUAGCCAUCACUCAACAACAACAACAACAACAGUUGAAUGGUUUGAUGGCAACCAAACUAAGACAGUUGUCCACUAAGAAUAUACCGUAUCGUACUGUCAUUCAAAUUAAGCGCUACAUUGAAGUACACGUCAAACAAAUAUACAUUACAUCACUAUUGAAGUGA